AUGGAUGACUCGUGGGGAGAUUUGAGGAACACUUACAGAAGGGUAAGAUUACGUGCAAGCGUUCAGAAAUCUUACGACUAUUUUAUAAAUGGCGUCUCCUUCGAUACGGCACCUCAGUGCAUUGUGAAUCCGACUUACGAAGAACCUGAAUUUGAAGGUGUCAAAAUCGUAAGAACUUCAAAGCUUCAUGAUGUUUGUAUUGAGGAGUGCUCAACUCACAAUUUAUCACAAAGACAAAGGCAAAAAAAGAUCAAGAUUUAUUUCACCGAAGAUGGGAAGUGUGUCAGAAAGGAUUAUCCCAGUAGACCAUGCGUGGUAAAUAAUGCAAUUAUUCGGAAUAAAUCACAUAAAUUGUGGUUAGAAUUGUGGAUGCUGUUUAAAGAUCAAAUUAACUAUCGCUUAAAUAAUAAAGAGCGUUUCUUUAAAUUUCCUAAUUUUUUGUUCAGAGAUGGUCUACAUGAUGAAAUGUUACAACAUAUUCCUGAUUCAAAAAUGAGAAAGAGGAAAAUUUUGAAUUUGAAAACCCCAAUUCAAAAGAAGCCUAGAACUAUAUUAUGUCAUAUCAAUGGUAGGAGACAUACUUGGGUUUCACUAGACUGGAUGAUCAAAAUUUUUGCAAAGGAUGUUGAUCAUAUUAUAGUGAUUACAAAUAUUCCAAAACUCAUUUCUUCUGAUAAAGAACAACAGCACGGUUAUAAUAAAUUUUAUGGCUACGAUAAAGAUGAAAUCAUGGAUAAAAUGGAUAACAUAUUUCAAUAUAUAUCCACAUUAUUGGAUUCGGUACCUAAACCAAAAAUUACUAAAGUUACAAUUGAGACAAUGGUGGGGAAAACCAAGAAAAUACUAAUUGAUGCAAUAAACAAUUAUCAUCCAGAUUUACUCGUAUUCAGCACGUUAAAGUGGGAAAGAAAUUCUAAUCUAAUCACUUGGAAAAACUCGAAAACUUUGGUUAAUAAAGUCACCUCAAAAUUUUCUAUUCCUGUAUUUGUUGUGCCAACACGAAGAAUGAUACGAUUUCAUCUUGAAUUACAAAAGCAAUGUGUCGAUAAUAAUCGUCAUGAUGAUGUUUUUUCAUUUGAUUCAUAUUCUACAGAUAUGGCCAGCUCAUUGGAAAAAUGGCAACUUUUUAAGAAAAAUGCAAAUGAUGACAGCAGCUCUGAUGGUCCUGAAAGCAUAGUUUCUUCUUCACCUCCACGUUCUUCAUCGUUGACUUUUUCAUCUGGGAUUUGUCGUGUAGAAGCCUCACAAACCACAAGGAAAAGAAUGGCAAUGAAACAGGCAUUACGAGAGGUUGAAAGCGUUACUGGUAAAUCACUAAAUGACAUCACCUUAGACAAAGUAGACGUAAUCCUCAGGUUUACAACAAAGCUAUAUAGUGUUCCAAUGGUGGAGGCUGAACCCCCCAUUAACGGUAAAUUACUUCACAGACCCAAAUUGAUCAACUCACAAGGUAAUGUUUCUGAUGACGACUCGAAAACAAUCAGUGGGAACUUCUCUGAGGAUUCUAGGAAUUUACCUAACAAAAUUACAUUUGAUACCCAUGUACAGCAAGAGAAUGGCCUAUUGAGAUACAAAAAUCUGAUUCCAUUAAGGGAAACUAAAAGCACCAGUGGAUUAACGAAAAGAAAAUCCUUUGAAUCCACAAGAAGUACCUUUUCUUCGAGCUCUCAUAGCAAAGCAUCAAAUAAUAAAGCCCUUGGUAGCUUUUUAACAUUUUUUAAAGGCAAUAAUAGUCAUAGAAAUCGCACCAAAAACACAGAUGACAGUUCAAGUCAUUCCAGUCCCCAAAAAGAGAAAACGAAUCAAAUGGCAAAACUUUUCUUCAAAAGCUCAAAAAAAUAA